ACCAGCCGGGCUGACGGGAACCGGCCGCCGCACCGGGGCCCCGCGGCGGGGUCCCAGGGCCGGGGACCGCUCCCCGGGGGACCGCUGGGGGACGGGUCAGGGGGGCCGGGCUGGGCCCCGGGCUCGGACCAUAUAAGGCUGCGACGGGGACAGGCUGGAGCCCCACGCCGUGGGGCUGGGGUCCCUGCAGCCUGUGGGGCUGGGCUGGGCUGGGGUCCUGCACCUCAGGCAGGGAUCCCCACGGUCUGUGGCUGGGUUGAAGUCCCAGCGUGUGGCUGCCCCAGUGCUCCUGCCCCACUGGCACAGAGGGGACAGGAGACACAAGGGCAGUGAUGGGGAGGGGUAGGAUGUAGGAUGCCCGUGCCAGGCAGCAUGGAAGCCACAGCACGAUGUGAUGGGGUGUCAGCACCCCACUCCUGGCACAGCCCCCGUCCCCACAGGGCUCCCAGCGGCUGCCCCGUGGUCAGGUGCUGCAGCCGCUCCUGUGAGGUUGCCGGGCAGGGAAGAGGGGCUGCAGGAGGGCAGGAUCCGGCUCAUUAACCCGCCGCUCUGGGCUGUGACGGUGCUACCGGUGGGGCUGGUUGGGCGAGCACAGGAGCGUGUCGGGGGAUCCGGGGUGUGCCCGGGGGGUCAGGUUGUGCCGGGGGGGCAGCAUGUGCCAGGAAUCCGGUGUGUGCCUGGGGAUCUGGUGUGUGCCCGGGGAUCUGGUGUGUGCCCAGCGGAACCAGUCUUUGCUGGGGAAGCCGGUGUGUGCCAGGGGGAUGCCUGGUGCAGGGGGUGAUGCUGGGUCUCUGACGGGGCAGUGCCCGGUGCCUGCUCUGUGCCAGGACGAUGUCUGGCUGUGUGCCAGGAUGAUGCCAGGUCUGGUCUGGGACUGUGCCAGGUGCGUGCCGGGACAAUGCCUGGUGUGUGCUGGGAUGAUGCCGGGUCCAUGCUGGUGCCUGCUCUGUGCCAGGACAAUGCCGGGGCUGUGCUGGGAUGACGCCCGGUGUGUGCCGGGACCGUGCCAGGAACUGGUGCGCCUACGUGGUGACGCGCAGUGUGAGCUGUGUGGUGGAGGACGGCGUCGAGAGCUUCAUCAAGCCGGACUAUCAGCCCUGCCCCUGGGGGCAGCUCCAGUGCCCCCGGGUCCUGGCGUACCGCAGCUUCCUGCGGCCCCGCUACAAGGUGGCCCAGCGGACGGUGUCGGAGCUGGCCUGGCGCUGCUGCCAGGGGUACUCGGGCCCAGACUGCACCGAGGGACCCGCGCCAGCGUCCCCCCAGCCCACCGGCCGCCCCCCGGCCCGGCCCGGCCGCCCCACGCUCUCCGGCUUCGGCAACGCCCUCAGCGGCCUGGGGGGUGAAGGCGGCGGGGACGCGGAGAAGGUGCGGCGGCUGGAGGAGCAGGUGCGGCAGCUGAGCGAGCAGGUGGAGGAGCUGCGGGCCGGGCAGGAGCCGCCGCCCCGGGGGGCGGAGGGGCAGCCGGCCGACGCGGCCGCCCCCGCCGAGGUGCGGGAGGCGCUCAGCCACGUCCAGAAGCGGCUGGAGGAGCUGGAGACCCGCCUGCGCCGCACCGAGGGCGGCCGGGACGGCCCGGGGGCGCCGGUGGGCCCGGGGACCGAGUCGCUGCUCGACCUGGAGCGGCGGCUGCAGGAGCUGUGCGCCGCCUGCACGAUCGGCACCGAGGGGCUGCGGCGGCAGGCGGCCGAGGACCGGGAUCGCAUGCGGGCGCUGGAGAAGCUGGUGGGCUCAGUGGACAAGCGCAACCGGGACGCGGUGGAGUCGGUGCAGCGGCACAUCAGCAGCCUGAGCAGCCGCCUGGCCCCCGUCCCCCCUGCCCCGCCACCCCCGGACGUGCUCCGGCGCCUGGCGGAGCUGGAGCGGCGGCUGGAAGGGCUGCCGGUGCCGGCGGCGGGGCCGGGGCAGGGGCCGGUGCUGGCGCGGCGGCUGACGGAGCUGGAGGGGCGGCUGAACGCCUCCCGCGCCGGCCCGUGGCCCUCCGAUCCCGAGGGGCGGCCGGGGGGGCUGCCGGGGCGCCUGGCCAACCUCAGCCGGGCGGUGGAGGGGCUGGCGGCCAGCGGGGCUCAGCGCGGAGCCCGCCUGGACGAGCUGGAGGGGCUGCUGGCCCGCUGCGGCCACCCCUGCCCAGGGCAGGACGGGCACGACGGGGCGCUCGGGCCCCACCUCCGGCAGCCGCAGGACACCGAGGGGCUCCGCGGGGGCGGCCUGGCCGGGACCCUGGGGGGGCUGCUGGGGGCACAGGGAGAGGCGCUGGUCGAGGAGCUGGAGGAGCUCCGCAACCGGACGGGGCGGCUGGAGGCGGCGCUGGAGAGGCUGAGCGGUGACCCCUGCGCCCGGCCCUGCGCCCCGCUGCCCCCCCGGGAGCCAGAGCAGCUCCAGCCCGUCCCCACGGAGCCCGGGGAGCUGGAGUCACCGCUGGAGGGGUUCGGCGUCUUCGGGGGCACGUCGCCCUCGGAGCUGCGGGAGCUGCGGGGGGAGCUGGCGGCAGCACUGCGGGCCCUGAGCGGCCUCAACGCCACGGUGGAGGGGCUGCAGGACGCGCUGGACCAGCAGGACGCCCGGCAGCACCAGCUGGGCUCCAUCACCGACCGCGUGGUGGCCGAGCUGGACGAGGCGGCGGCGGCGGCGGCGGCGCGACAGGCCGAGAGCGAGGAGCGGCUGGAGGCUCUGGCCGGGGAGCUGGCGCGGGCCGGGGGCUGCCCGGCGGGGCUGGAGCCGCGCGUGGCCAAGCUGGAGGGGGUCUGCGAGCAGCUGGAGGCGGUGGCCGGGGGGCUGCGGGGCGUCCGCGAGGGGCUGGGCCGGCACGUGGCCGGGCUGUGGGGGGCCGUGCGGGACCUGAACGCCACGGCCCGCGCCCAGGCCGCCCUGCUGCAGAAGGCGCUGGAGCUGCCGCCCCGGCUCGGGGCCCUCAACGCCAGCCUGGGCCUCCUGCGCGGGGAGCUGGACCGCCUGGCACAGCUGGAGCGGCACGGCCCCCCUGGCCCCCCUGGACCUGCUGGACCUGUGGGUGAGACAGGCCCUCGUGGCCCACCUGGGCCUCCUGGAAAGGAUGGAGAACAGGGUCCCGUGGGCCCCCCUGGGCUGCCCGGAGAGAGAGGCGAGGUCGGGGAGCCGGGCUCGGUGCCCCGCGUCGCCUUCUCGGCCGCCCUGAGCACCCAGCGCACGGAGCCGGGCACCGUCCUCUUCGACCAGGUGCUGCUCAACGACGGCGGCUCCUACGACCCCGAGACGGGCACGUUCACGGCGCCGGUGCCCGGGCGGUACCUGGUGAGCGCGGUGCUGACGGGGCACCGGGGCGAGGGGCUGGAGGCCGUCCUGUCCCGCUCCGGCCACGGCAUCGCCCGCCUGGACUCGGCCGGAUUCCAGCCCGAGGGGCUGGAGAAGGGGCCGGUGGCCGCGCAGGCCCCCAGCCCCGGUGCCCUGGGCGUGUUCAGCCUCCUGCUGCCGCUGGCGGCCGGCGAGACCCUGUGCGUGGAGCUGGUGUCGGGGCGCUUGGCCCACGCCCCCGACGAGCCCCUCACCACCUUCAGCGCCGCCCUGCUCUACGACGCCGAGGAGCCCUAGAGCCGCCGGGCCCCCGGCGGGGGCACAGCCGGGCCGGGGGGUCCCCACACCCCCACGGGACCCCCCCCCACCCGCCCCCUUAUUUAUCAGCACCCCCCAGCCCUCGC